GGAGGCGGAGGGAAUGGUCGUAGUUAGUAGUAGUAGGUUUAGCUCCACGCUGGCAGGCAGGUUAGCCCACUGUACCCUCACGAAGCCUCGUCAUAUCCCAGAUACCUCAAAGUAACGCUCGGGGUAACAGAAAAGUGAAGUGUAGCAGGCGUGGAGGUGAAAGAAGGAAGGAAGGAGUGUGAUGAGCGUGUGUACGUGACUCCAUUUCACAAGCACUCACUGCCAGCUACCGUGACCAGACCACAGUGUCCAUUACAAGUACCGUUACGCGCCUGGCUGGACUCUACAUACACAUACGCGCACUUACACACACUUACACUCCUCUCCUCAGGCUGUUUGAGAGGUGGAGGGAAGUGGAGGUGUAGUGACCGAGUGCCUGUUGCUACCCGGGUGGAGGAGUGGAGGAGGGUGGCUUACUUAAUGAGAUUACAGCCCUGUCCUCCGCUCUCCCUCUCCCGGAUUUUCCUCCUCCUUCAUCUCCCGUGUUCCUGUUUGUAUUGUAAUAGGCAAGUGAUACCUCGUAAUGAAAAGAAAGUGGUGAACUGUAAGGAAAACGUAUGAAGACUGCUUGAAACUGUCAGGAAUUAGAAACCAAAGCUUGAAAAGAAUAAUAAUAAACAGACCAGAUCAAAAACUUUGCUUGAAACGUGAAUGGAAUAUUGAUUAUAAGAAACCAAAAAUAAGGAAGGUAAUUAAAAGAAACCAUCUGAAAAUUGCUUGAAACUGGAAAAGUCUCUAAUUAGAAACCAAAAUACUCUAGAAACCAAUACAACGAAAGGCACCUUAUUUACGAUUAAUUCAUUUAUUUCACAUUCUAGCAUCGUGUUGUAUUAACCAAACCCUCAACAGAAAACAAAAACUGAACCGUAAGGGUAACUAGAAACUCCUCCAAAGACGAAACAAAAAUGACCUCAUUCAAAGCACCAUACCCACACAACCCCGCGACGCAGCCAAGUGUGAGUGAGUGACUGGCUGCAGCAUUAGUGUGGCCUUAUAUUCCAGCGGUGUAAUUGGAGAGGGGGAGCGUGUGUUGGGUGGAUAACAAGUGGGUGGUGGUGACGCAAGAGCCAUGGCCAUCAGCAGGGGCGAGGGGGGCGGGGCGGUGGACACGGCGGCUAUCGAUGCUGUGCUGGCUGAGAUCGAUGCCUUUACUGCUGACUUCGACCCGGAACCUCCCGCCGCUGCUUCGCAAUAUGGCCUGGAGCAAGUGGGCAGCAAUGUGGGUGUGGUGUCGGGUGUGCAGCGCCGCGAGAAGCCACACCCACCCAGAAUUGACGCCCACCGCUUCUCUCGGGCAAAUCUGGAAGAUUCAGGGGACGUGGAGUUGGACACAAUACUUGGGGAGCUGUGUGCCUUGGAGACCCAGUUCGAGUUUGAGAUAUCCUCUAAGGGCAGCCAGACCCCUGCAGCCCCAGGCCUCCCCCCCAGGACCCCCGCGUCUGGCUCCAGUAUAGCAGACAAGAUGCAGCCCAAACAGCAGCAGCCACAGCAGAUGCAGCCACCACAGCUUCACGGGGAGGCACCACAGCAGCAGCAGCAGCAGCCACAGCGACAGACACACUCCCGCAGCAACUCGGGGAACAGUAGCAGACCUAAACUGGAGCCUCUUAAUAUGGAGAUUGAUGUGUCUGCCACCACUAUGGGCCGCACAGACAGCCCAGACAAUGAUUCAGCAUUCAGCGACAAUGUUUCCAUGCUGUCGUCAGAGAGUUCGGCCUCCAGUGGCGCGUCUGGCGGCUCUCGACCUGAUGCCAAUAAGCAUUUGUCUCAGACCCUUUUCCUGACGUUGCCACAGCUGGCCGAUCUGCUCAAGGACUGUGGCUUGGACAAGGUGGAGCAGGCGGCCAAGCUGAAGGCAGAGAAGAUCAAGAUGGCCCUGGAGAAAAUCAAGGAGGCCAAUGUGAAAAAGCUGUUCAUCAAGGCGUUCACCUCGGAUGGCUCCACCAAGUCCUUGCUGGUGGAUGAGAAGAUGACGGUGGUGCAUGUGACGCGACUUCUAGCUGACAAGAACCAUGUCAGGAUGGAUCCCAAGUGGGCCAUCGUGGAGCACAUCCCCGACCUCUAUAUGGAGCGCAUUUACGAGGACGACGAGAUGCUAGUGGAGAACCUGCUGCUGUGGACGAGGGACAGCAAGAACAAGCUGCUGUUCUCAGAGCGACCCGACAAGUACGACCUCUUCCUGCGGCCAGAACACUACAUCCUCAUCGGCUCAUCCUCAGAGAAGAACUCGGACCUGGACGACGAGGGGAGAAACACUCUGGUGGAGUCUCCACAACACCACACAUUCCACCCAUCACUCACUCCACCUUUGCUCCGCCACCAGGAAUUCUUCUCCAGCACGGGGGUGGGGGUGCCAGAGGUGGAGGGGCAUCUGUUCCUCAAGUCGGAAGGGAAGAAGGUGUGGAAGAAGUACUACUUUGUGUUGAGAGCGUCUGGCCUCUACUACUGCCCCAAGGGGAAGUCCUCGCGUUCCUCCAAGGACCUUGUCUGUCUCACCACUUUGGAAGUGAACCAGGUGUACUAUGGCGUAGGGUGGAAGAAGAAGUACAAGGCGCCAACAGACUGGUGCUUUGCCAUCAAGCACCCCCACCUGCAGGCCAAGAGCAGCAAGUACAUCAAGUACCUUUGCUCCGAGGACCCCGAGACUCUAUCCCAGUGGGUCAUGGGCAUCAGGAUUGCUAAGAGUGGGCGGCGGCUGCUGGAGAACUACCGGGCGCUGGUGGAGGACUUGGCACAAGAGGACAUUGACAUGCUGGCCUCCUCCCGCUCCUUCAGCAUUGCGUCCAUGGCUGGCGGGGGCGGGGGUGGAGGUGGGCCGGGUGGAGGGGGCGGGGGCGGGUCGCAUGGCACCUCGCAGGCCACCACGCCUUCCUCCGAGUCCCGCUCCCUGGACUCCUGCCUGGCUCCCAGUCUUGCAGAUGGCGACGACGACGCAUCCUCCUCGGCUGGCUCCUCCUCGCAGGACACACCGGUAAACACGCUGGGUAGGCGGACAGAUGGCCCCCACAGCGGCUCCUCCAGCAGCUCCAGCGGGUGUCUGAGUGAGCGGUCCUGGGCGGGCACACCAACAGGAGAGCAAGGGUUUGAGGCGGAGUUCCCGCCGCAGGGCACCAUCAAGCGCAAGCCAUCUAAUAACCCCAAGCUUCCCCUGACCUCCACCACACGCCUGCUGGUCAAGGAGGUGGAGGGGGAGGAGGUGGGGGAGGCGCGAGGCUCGGCCGUCAGGCAGAGUGUGCGCCGCUCCCUGUCCGAGGAGGUGAGCACACUGAGACGCCGAGCCUCGCAGGGCAGAACUGCCUCCACCACCUCUGUCACCACCAGGGAUGAUGAUGUAGACUCCCUCCCCCUGCCCCCUCCACCCCCUGAGCUGACGGAGUGUGCUGUUGAAACCCUCCCCCCUCCCCCCCCUGAGCUUCUGGCCUCCACCCUGAGUCUGAACUCCCUCCCGCCCCCUCCUGAUGAGGCCUCCCUCCCCCCAAUCAACCCUAGUGACCUCAUGAUGGCCAGCAUGACCUCCCUGCCCCCACCACCCCCACCCAGUCCACCCAAACCAUCUAGUCCACCUAAGGCCACUUCUCCACCCCCACCACCCCCACAUGCCAGCCUCCCACCUCAUCCCGGAGCACCACACCCUCCACCCCAUGGCCUCCCCCUGCCCCCCCCCAAGCCCAAGGGUGUGGGGUCCCCUGUGUACCAGGCCGUCAGCCCCCCCAGCGUGGCCCCCAAGCCCCGGCGGGACUCAGGGGACUCCCCGGCCUAUGCCUCCCCCCCCUUCCUGGCUGAGCUCCGUGCCCACACCGCCUCCACCCACACCCCUGCCCCUGCCUCCCCCCCUCACCCUCCACCCCACGCUGCCACUCUUAACGGGGGCUGGCAUCCUGACUCCCCCCUCCCACCACCCCCACCCACGCCCCCACCCCACCAGACACCUCCACAGAAGACCCCACACCCACAACACCCACCACACCAGCCCAUCUAUGCCCACAGUCCACCACACCCUCCACAGCACCCACCGCCACCACCACACCAAACACCGCCACCACCACAUCCCCCACCCCCGCCCCACCAGACACCCUAUCCCCCUCCCCCACCACACCAGACCCCACCACACCCCCCACCCCACCAGCCAGUGUACGCACAGCCACAGAAGAGUCCGCAGAAGAAGGUGAAGCGCAUCACCUUCCUCGACGACGUGCAGAACAUCCCCCCCGCCCCAGAGUCCCCCACGGGGCGGCCCCCUCUGCCCCGCCGGUCUGACUCCACCCGGCUCAGCAACCCUGGGCGCCUGGACAGCCCCGGGAACAAGGUGACCCCGCCCCGCUCCUUCCUCAACAACCUGCAGCGAGUGAUGCAGAAGAAGUGGCAGGUGGCUCAGAAGUGCAAGGACUUUGACAAGAUGCCCCACGAGGUGCUGGGCUUCCGGGACCCCAUCCUGCCGUCCGAGGCGGAGCGCAACGUGGGGGCGUGGAUACAGGAGCACUAUGGUAGCCUGUACGAAAACCUCUCCCCCCACGGGCUGCACCCAGGGGCUGCCCAGGGAGAAGAGCGGGCUGGCCGGGGGCACAGCCACACCUUGCAGCCCUCCCCGCCACCCCACAGCACAGAGGACCCCACCCGGGCAGCCCAAACCAUGCCCGGGAGGAAGCGGCCGCCCCCGCCCCCGCCCAAACGCUCCGAUUCCACCCACCUCAGCUCCCGGCAAUGACAACCCAGCCCCUAGCCCCCUUGUUAGUACCCAAGGCACGGUGCCUGGCCCUCAGCCCUGCCCUGCCCUCCCCCCAUGCCGCCCUGCCUAAUCCCACCCUGCCUUCCCCCCACCCUGCCUGCAGUCUGACUGGGGCCAGCUGCUGUUGCUGCCUCCAUGGCUUGAAAAGUCAGUCAGUCAGUCAGUCAGUCAGCCGGUUGCUUUCGUAUUUCCAUUUGAAUAUGAAUUUAUAUUUCUUAAUGUUCUUAUCGAUGUCCGAGAAGUUGAUGGUAGCAUUAAGGAGCGGUUGAGUUGUGGUGGCAGUGGGAUGGUCCUUCCAAUGGUGCUACUGUGGCGGGGAUGCAGCAAUGGCAGCGGCGGCGGCUGCACCAGCCCAGCCGCCCCUUGCUGUGUUGUGAGCCGCGGUGUGGUGGUGGGUGGUGGGUGAGCCAGACGCCUCACAGACACGGCCGGCCUUGGUGGCAGUGUGUGGCAGUGCACCAGGCCUGGCAGAGAGGGAGUGGUGGUGACGGUCACACAGACUGGUGACAAGUUGAGAUGAACCUAAACAUUUAAAACUGUAAACAAAACACAGUGGAAAUAAGAUAAACAAAAGAUAUAAAGAAACCCAGAAACCUAAAAUAUGAAAAACAAAUAAACAAACUGAAACGUAUUACAGUUAAGAUAUAGAUGAAAUGAAAUAUGGAGAAUAAAAAUUAUACCCAGAAACAUAAAGUGUGGAAAAACUAAUAAACAAACCAAAUCAUAUAAAAAUUUCAGUUAUAGAUGAAACAAAAUAUGGAGAAAAAAAGAUAAGAAGAAAACAAACAUCAGAAUAUAUAUAUAUAUAUAUAUAUAUAUAUAUAUAUAUAUAUAUAUAUAUAUAUAUAUAUAUAUAUAUAUAUAUAUAUAUAUAUAUAUAUAUAUAUAUAUAUAUGAGAAAGUAUAUUAGAAGUGCAACUUGGAAAUUUAAUACGAAAAAAAACAAUGCUUAAAAAUUUUAAAUAUAUGAAACAAAACACGGAGAGAAAAAAAGAUUGCAAAAAAAAAUAAACAAAACACGGAGAGAGAGAGAGAGAUGGAGAAAAAAAUAGGAAAAAAACACCCUGAAGUCUUAAAAAAAGUGUAUAUUGUAAAUGGAAUCAGUUUUUUAGUAUGUUUUUGUAAAGUGGCGUGUGAAUCUCCCUGGUCUUGUGUGACAGACAGUAAGGAGGGAGAGUGCUCGAAAGUUUUUUACAAUUUUUACCAUACCAAUUAUUUUCUAUUGUCUAAUGUGUUGGAUGAUGUGCAUAUACUACUACUACUACUACUACUACUACUACUACUACUACAUGACAUACAUACAUUGUUAUAUUAUCAUUGCUAGAGUAUUUUCUGGCUUUUUCUUUUCUUCUUCUCUGUCUGUCUGUCUGUCUGUCUGUUCAUUCAUAUUUUUUUUUUCUGCCUGUUUCUCUUCCUUUAUUUUUUUCAGUUAUGUUUUCAUCUUCAUUUCUGUUCAUAUUCUCUCUCUCUCUCUCUCUCUCUCUCUCUCUCUCUCUCUCUCUCUCUCUCUCUCUCUCUCUCUCUCUCUCUCUCUCUCUCUCUCUCUCUCUCUCUCUCUCUCUCUCUCUCUCUCUCUCUCUCUCUCCAUCUUUUUAAUUUUAUUUUGUCAUGUUAUCUCUUAUUCACACCAACCUUAUUUUCUCUGUCACUCACUCACUCACCCAUUCACUCAUUCACCCACCCACCCACCACAAACAAACAAACGUCAUCCUUCUGGCUUCUGUGUUUACUCCCAGGUGACCUUAAUUAAGAGUACCUGGCCUAACCUUACCCAACCUUCCUUUCUUAUGUGUUGCUGUUGACUGCUGCUGAAUUAGUACCUGUAUCUGCUGCCUGGUCACUGGUGUGUUGGGGGCAGGGACUGACCACUACGCCAUCUGUCACUGUAAGGGGUUUUUGCUGUUUAUUGAGUUUAGAAGAAGAGGAAAGAGAGAAGGUUUGAUGUAUGGCUAAGUUUUUUUUUUUUUUUUUUUUUUUUUUUUUUUUUUUUUUUAUGUGGCAGUUUUAUUUAUUUAUUUUUAUUUAUUUAUUUUUUUUUUGUUUUUGGGGUUUUCUUGUUUGCUGGGUUCAGAGGAAGAGGAAAGUGAGGUUUGAUGUGAUAUUGAUUGUUUUUCUUUUUUUUCAGUCUCUCUCUCUCUCUCUCUCUCUCUCUCUCUCUCUCUCUCUCUCUCUCUCUCUCUCUCUCUCUCUCUCUCUCUCUCUCUCUCUCUCUCUCUCUCUCUCUCUCUCU